CCAACACUUGCCAAAUCAGCGGGGACGGCAGUCCCGAACUUCCAUAUACUUAUAGUAUGGUAAAUGGCUCUCGGAUCAUGAUGUGGUAGGAGGCUGAAGCUAGUGCAUUGCAAGCUGAAAACUUGAUAUAUCCUCAAGCCCCCUAACCAUCAUCCCCUUCACUGUGCCUUCUCUUUAUUCAACAUACUGCUUGCUUUUUGAUAGCGAGAUCCCUUUCAGAAACCAACAUAGACCAUUUCAUCACUUUCCUUAACAGAUUUUUUAUUCUUUUUUUUUCAAAAGCAUACCUUAUGGUUAGGUGUCACUUCAUUUAGACUAUAGAUUUCCACUAGCAAAUACCCCUUUUAGUUUGCUUAUUCCGAUACCACCACAUUAAUCCCGACUCGUACGAACAACAAAUCGAAAAUGAAGUGGUUAUCUUUAGCCAUAGCGACCUACGUCGGGCUUGUCACGGCUCACGGAGACCAUGCCAUUCCACACGUAGUAGGAGGACGACAGAUUCUUGCGGAGCUUCGGGCACGCGGUGUACUCGGCAACCACGAUCAUCAUCAUCAUCAUGUACGAAGGGCAGAAGCAGCCCCCGUCACCUCUCCAAACAGACAAAGUCUCGCCACUCGUCAGGACAAGGCUUCUAAUGUUAAUGGUGCAUGUGGUCCACGUGUUGGAUCAUGUGCAGAUGGAUACUGUUGUUCUCCUGCCGGAUGGUGUGGCAAGGACGAGGCGUAUUGCGCUUCACCAGAUUGCCAGAUCAACUACGGUACCGGCUGUGACGGCCUCCAGAGGCCCAGUGGCACUGAUACGAGUAACAUCGCAAGGCCGCACCUCGGCAAGGUGGCAUAUGGUGGUCUCGGUAUCUACGACUGUGUCACACAGGGUGAUAUUGCCCUGACCUUUGACGAUGGUCCAUACAAGUACACUGGAGACCUUCUCGACAUCUUUAAGGCACGUCCUCUGUCAAAACAAGCAUCUAGAUCAGGUUGA